GACUUCUAGUUUCACUCAGAACCAUAGAAUUGCUAUCACAUCCAAACAGAAGCAAGGGGAUUUUAUCAUGGCGGAGCUCAUCAUCUCGGCGGUUGUCGGGGACAUGGUCGGUAGGGUGAUAUCUCUUCUCGCUGGCCGGUUCAAAGGCCAAGGGUGCACCGAAGCCAAGCUACGGAGGAUUUGCCAUAUGCUUGUCAAGGUUCACAGUGCGGUAGAGGAGGCCAAAGGGAGGCAGAUCACAAACUACGGUACCCUCGAGUGGCUUUCAGAACUCAGCGACAGUGUGUACCAGGGCCGCUACUUGCUCGACACGGUCGGAUGCAGAGAGGAGUUUGAAGAUGAGCAUGCUGACAAGGUAGUUGCACAACUUUUCUCUUUCUCCUUGCUUAAUCCUGCAAAGCGUGUGCGCUUAGCGGCAGGUGCCGUGAAGAGCCUAUUGUCUCGCCAAGAUGUUGGUGUUCCUGAGAUAGAUAGAGUGGUAGAGAUCUUAGAGGUCGUAUCCGGUGAUCUCAAGGAGUUCCUGAUGCUCCUACAGAACUGUCAGCCGAUCCAACGCCCUUUGGCUACUAAUAUCUUUGUCGAGGGGCAGAUGUUCGGUCGACAUGUCGAGAAAGAGAGGAUCAUCAACUUCCUACUGCAUGAUGGUGGUCCAUCAACUGGGGGGAAACUGGGUGUGCUCCCGAUUGUUGGCAGCAUGGGAGUCGGGAAGACCACCCUUGCGCAGCAUGUCUGCGAUGAUGAGAGGGUGCGCAACCACUUCCCAAUAAUUUUGUAUUCCAAUUUCUCAUACACCAGAGCAAUGGCUCGGGAUGAGGCGGUGUUUGUUCUUGGAUCCAAACACACAGUUGGAGAUGCUCAAAAAUUCAUCGAGUCACUACAUGUACUUAAGGAGAAAUGCCUCACCAAGAGGUUCUUGAUGGUAUUUGAAGAUGUUGACAUGGGCAAAAAACAGAUGCUAGAAGAGUUACUGCCAAUCUUGAGACAUGGCAAAUUCGGGAGCAGGAUCAUAAUCACCACAAACAACGGGGAUGUCGCCAGCUUGGGAACUGUGCAGCCAAUCAAUCUGAAGGUUAUGCCGCAUCAGGAGUACUGGUUCUUCUUCAAGGCACACGCGUUUGCUGGCAGAGAUGUCGAGGAGGACCCAAGGAUGCUAGCAGCAGGCAAGGUGAUUGCGAGGAAGCUAAAUGGGUCCUUCUUCGGAGCAAAAAUCAUCGGUGGGGUGCUGAAAGCUCAUCCGAAUCCCCGGUUCUGGAGCAAGGUGCUGAGGAGCAAUAUAGGGGGGUUGUCUCUGCUGGGCGAUGGAAUUGGGUACAUUGGAGAUUUGGCAGAAAAUUUGCUACCAAUCUACGCAGACGUGUGUAAGGUGACCCUUUCUAGGAGUCCAUUUAUCUUUCAGACAGAACUGGCUAGGUUGGAGGAUCUGUAUCAGGCAAGUCCGCUUGGUGAUAUCCGAUUUGGAAAAAUUCUGUUGUGCAUGUCAACGUUGCCAUUCCAACUCCUGAACUACACUGCUGAUUGCAAUGUGCGCGGACCGGACUAUGCAGCAGAGUUCAUAAAAAUUUAAUGAAGUAGGGAUGUGAAGAUUAGACAGGAGCUACGCCUGUUUAUACGGAAUCUGAUGCACCCAUCCCCAUGGAAUUGACUGCUCCGUGCAGAGCUGGAUGCUCUGUUUUGAGUUGUAUUAUUGUUGUUUCUCUUGUCUAGCUUCGCUGGUAUAUACAUGAAACUAGCUCCAAUAACUGUAACAUCUUGAUGUAUACUCCCUCCGUUCCUAAAUACUUGUCUUUCUAGGCAUUUCAACAAGUGACUACAUACGGAGCAAAAUGAGUGAAUCUACACUCUAAAAUA